AUGGCGCACCAGGGAGCUUCGGCCGCCGCUGCCGCCGAGGCGCACGCCCCGCGCGGCGCCGCGCUGGACGCCCUGGGCGAGGUGGAGCUCGACAUCGCCGAGACCAGGCGGGGGCCGAGGCGAGGCCUCGGCCGCCACUCCUCCGACCCGGAGGGGGGCCGACACAUGCUGCCCCUGCUGCGCGUGCGGCCGGCCGCGGCGCGGGUCGAGGAGGAGGAGGCGGCGGUGCCCUGGGCGGAGGCGUACACCACGCCAGAGCACAGCCCGCGCCAGCAGUGGAGCGACGCGGGGUCCACGCCGGAGCUGCCAGUGGCUGGUGGCGUGGCCGCGCUGCACGUGGGCGCGGCGGCCCCGAGCGCGGGAGCGAUCCACGGCCCGCUGAUGACGUCCACGACAGAGGCGUGCAUCACGCCAGAUCAGAGCCCGCGGCGGUGGAGCGACCCGGCGCCCGCGCUGGAGCUGGCGGGGGCCGGCGGCGCGAUGGCCCUGAACGCGGGCGCGUGCGGCGGUCCGUUGAUGGCGCCCUGCUCUGUGGAGGCCCACUUUGUGUUCGCGUCGAAGAUGAGACUGCUUGAACCGAACGGCCUGGGACUUGAUAUCUGUGGUCCCCUGAUCAUAGGCGCGCAGGAAUACAUCAUCGUACAGCGCAUUCAUCUGGGUGGAGCAAUCAACGCGUGGAAUUGGACGUGCGACAGGUGCAACAAUCAGUUGCAAACAAUUUACGAAGGUGACAUUAUGGUCGUCGGCGGUCUCCUCACGUUCGAAGAUCAAAUGGCGGCGUUGAGGAAAGCGAAGAAGGACGAGAGCGUCGUGCAAUUGAUGGUAUUUCGCCUGCAGUGGUAG